UCCUAUUUAUAUCAUAGUAGUCUGUGAGUUUACUACUUUACUGUCAUUUUUAUCAUGUGGCAUUGUUUGGGGGCUAUGCAAGCGUGUGAAACGUGUAUUAUAAUAAAAUGAAGGAAAAUAAAUUUGUUCGUUAUUUUGAAACUAAAGAAGAUAAGCCCAAUGAAACAAAUGAAGAAGUUAAAGUGUAUAAAAUUAAACCCACUGCGAGGUUAUUGAGAGCCAACAAGUUUAAGAAAAAAAGCAAUACUCAAAACAAGAAACAGACUGCAGAAAAAGAUAAAAAAUUCCCUGGAAAGGCUCCAAUUAAUCCUGAAAAGUUAGAGCAUCAUUCAAGGGGCGAAGGUUUCGAAGGCAAAGGUGUAAAACAUCCUCUGUAUGCAUUAAAAUUGAAAAAGAAAGAAAACAAACACAAAUAUGCUCAAAAGCAAGCUGCAAGAGCUGAUAUUCUUUUAACAGAAGAUCAAGGUUUUCUAGAGGUUGAUGAAGACAAUAGAACUACAGGGAUAACUCAAAAGGUUAUAGUGGAUAAUGUAGAUAUCACCGCAGCCACAAAAGCCUUUGAGUUAAACCUAGACUUUGGUCCAUAUCAAGCUAAGUACUCACGGAAUGGCAGACAUCUUCUUUUGGGAAGCAACAAGGGUCACUUAGCUGCUUUUGACUGGAUUACUAAAAAACUACACUUUGAAAUCAAUGUUAUGGAAUCUAUACAUGAUAUAAGUUGGUUACACAUUGAGACAAUGGUAGCAGCUGCCCAAAAGGAAUGGUUGUAUAUUUAUGAUAAUACAGGAACAGAGAUUCACUGCAUUAAAAGAAUGGACAAAAUAUUAAGAAUGGAAUUUUUACCUUACCAUUUUCUACUUGCCGCUGUCAAUGAAUUUGGAUUUAUGACAUGGCUUGAUAUUUCAAUAGGAGAAAUUGUUGGUCAUUACAACAAUCAUAUGGGAAGGACACCAGUUAUGACGCAAAAUCCUUACAAUGCAACGAUUUGUUUAGGAAACUCAAAAGGAGUGGUAUCAUUAUGGUCUCCAAGUGUAAAAAAGCCAUUAGCAAAAAUAUUAUGUCAUAAAACACCAUUAACAGCUAUUUCUGUAGACAAUAGGGGCAUGUACAUGGCUACAUCCGGAGUAGAUAGAAGUUUGAAAAUAUGGGAUAUUCGGAACCUUGAUGGACCAUUGCAGCAUUACAAAUUACGCACAGCACCUGUUGAUCUUGAAUUUUCACAAAAAGACAUGUUAGCUGUUGGUCUGGGAAGCAUUGUUGAAGUGUACAAUAACUGCUGUUCACAAACUGUAGAAAGACCUUAUCUCAGGCAUAAUAUGGGAAAAUCUAUGAAAAACUUCAAAUUCUGUCCAUAUGAAGAUAUUUUAGGAAUUGGAACUAGUAAUGGUUUCACAAGUAUAAUUGUGCCAGGCAGCGGUGAACCAAACUUCGAUGCUCUGGAAAGCAAUCCAUUCCAAACUAAAAAACAAAGAAAAGAGGCAGAGGUUAAAGCUCUACUUGAAAAGAUUCCUGCAGAACUCAUUACUCUCAAUCCACAUGAAGUUAUGGAAAUUGACGUUCCAUCUGCUAAAGAGAAAAUGGAAGCAAAAAAGAAUCUUUUGUAUUUGAAACCUAAGAAGGUUGACUUCACACCAAGACAAAAGAAGAAGGGUAAAACUAAUAUUGCAAGAAAGAAAAUCAUAAAGGAAGUCGCAAGAAAGGCAUACGUCAACCAAAUAAUUGAAGCCAAGAAGUCACUAAACGAGCCUCAAAAGGAAAGUAAACCAAAACAAUCAUUUGGAGUUCUUGAUAGAUUUGUUUCUCAACCGAAAACUGAGAAAUAAAAAUGUUUGUUAGAAAAAAA